CUAAGCCACGAAAAGCGGUAGGCUGUGGGUGGGCACGUGGUCGGGUGUGGGGUCGUGAGCGGGGCUAUAUACCGUGGGCACCAUGUGAAGAGGCAGACAUCUGCUACGUAUUUGAGUGUGUAUCCUACAACUGAUCUUCAUUUAGUGCAAAAUUAUGGGUGACUUCAAGAAGACAUUAGUCAAAGCUUAUCCAAGACAAGGGACAGGACUGACACCUGACAAUAUCUACUGGAAAAAUUUUCAGUUUCCAGUCACAAUACAGGAGUUUGGAUCAGCUGACUUUGUGGACUUCUCUGCAGAUGGUGAAUAUUUUGCAGUGACAGCUUCUGCUAAGGUUAAGAUUUAUAGCAGCGAUUCCAAUGAUGUGUCUAAGGGCCUCAGUAAGUUCUCAAAGACGGCCUUCGGCGGCAAGUUCAGGAAGGAUGGCCGUUUGCUGUGCGCGGGAAGCGAGGACACCAGCGUUAGGGUGUUCGACGUCAACAACAAGCAUCUGCUGCGACAGUUCAAGGGGCAUGACAGGCCGGUGCAUCGGUGCGCCUUCACGGGCGACGGCUUCCGCGUGGCCAGCUUCUCGGAUGACCGGAGCGUGGCGCUCUGGGACGUGGGCGGCGAGGCGCGCCUGCUGACGCUGAGCGGCCACACCGACUACGUGCGCGCCGGCACGUGCAGCCCGGCCGCGCCCGACACGCUCGUCUCUGGCGGCUACGACCACGCCGUGCGCGUGUGGGACGCGCGCGCCGCCGCCUGCACGGCCGUCAUGGAGCACGGCGCGCCGGUCGAGGCCGUGCUCGUCUUCCCCUCGGGCGGCCUGGUGGUGUCAGCAGGUGGCACAGAGGUACGCGUGUGGGACCUGGCGGCCGGCGGGCGCCUGCUCAGCCGACUCAGCCACCACAGCAAGACGGCCACCUGUCUGUCGCUGUGCUCGGACGGCCGCCGCCUGGCCUCCGGCUCGCUGGACCGGCGCGUCAAGCUGUUCGACACGGCCAGCUACCAGCUGGUUCACACGCUCGAGUACCCGUCGCCGGUGCUCAGUCUGGCGAUCGGGCUGGACGACAGCAAGAUCGUGGUAGGCAUGGCGGACGGCCUGGUCUCGAUCGAGGACCGGCGGCGGGAGGAGGCGCCGGCGGCGGCGGCGGCGGUGCCGGCCGGACGGCCGGGCCGGCGCGCGCUGCGGCACCGCCAGGACACCAUCAGCCAGCCGGCGCGCUCCGAGCAGGAGAGCGCGGCGGCCGCGGCACCGCUGCGUAUCCAGCUCGACAAGUACGACCUGCACCUGCGGCGCUUCGAGUUCUCGCGGGCGCUGGAUGCCGUGCUGGAGCGCGAGGUGGUGCGCCGCCAGCCGGAGCGGACGGUGGCCGUGCUGCAGGAGCUGAUGCGGCGCGGCGCGCUGCCGGCCGCCGUGGCCGGCCGCCAGGGCGCGAUCGUGGCGCGUGACAUUGGGGAGCGGAUCACAGUGUCACGUCAUUUCGUCGUCUGGCUCGCCUCGCUCCUGCUGCUUUAG